AUGGGCACAUUAGGAGCACCUACGUGCGGCACGCUGGCUGCCGCACGGCAGCAGCCAGGCUGCAGCACCAGCGGGCGACAGGCGGCGGUCGCCGCCACGCCGCUGGUGCCCUCCGAGCGCCGCCUCGCCCGGCGACUGAUGGCGGCUCCUACGCCGCACCGCCAGCAGCAGCCGCACGCGGCGCAGCCAGCGCGGCGCGUGCUGCGCGUGCGGCUUGCGCGGCCGCCCGGCCUGGACCUGCUGUGCCAGGCGCUGCCGGCGGGGCAGCAGCAGGGCGCGACGCCUCCGGUGCACGCAGACUAUGCUGCCAAGGCGGGCGACUCUGCGGUGCUGCAGCGGCCGCUCAAGGCGGAGCUGCUGCCGGAGGAGAUCCAAAACGUGUUUGGCUACCCACGCAACCUCAAGGACAAGUACCUGCUGGGCUCGGUGCUGGGCGCGGGCAGCUUUGGCGUGGUGCGCGAGUGCACCGACCGCCGCAGCGGCCGCCGCUUUGCGGUCAAGUCGAUCAACAAGGUGCCCAAGAAUGCGCGCGCCACGCCGCGCUACCUGCUCAAGAUACAGACCGAAGUUGAUGCCAUGCAGCAGCUGGGCGGCUCCCUGGAUGCCGUCUUCCUGCAGUGCCACGCCAAGGGCCUGAUUUACCGCGACAUCAAGCCCGACAACUUCCUGCUAGUCACCAAGGUAAAGCUGGAGAGCGCGCAGGAGUCUGCCGCCUCGCUGUGCGGCUCCGGCAGCUACUCGGCAGCUUCAGACGGCGACGGCUCCGAGCCGGAGCUGCCAGCCAGCGGCGGCGUGGCGGCAGGGGGCGGGUGUUUCAGCAGCAACAUCCUGCCAGCCAGCAGCCUGCAUGUGUGGAAGUACAUCACCAGAAAGGCCUCCCCACGCAACCCGCUCCUACGGUUUGGCGAAGCUCUGGGGCUGGGCUCGCCAGGCCAACAGGACAUGGACUCCCCGGUCAAGGCCACCGACUUUGGGCUGUCCAUCCGGCACCGCCCCGAGGACCCGCCCCUCAAGUCGCGUAGCGGCACCCCCGCCUACAUGGCGCCCGAGGUCAUCCAGCAGUCGUACGACGAGCGGGCCGACGUGUGGAGCGCGGGCAUCAUGAUGUACCAGCUGCUUACCGGCAAGUUCCCGUUCUGGGACAAUGUGCGCGACUGCACGCUGCAGCAGGUGUGGAAGUCCAUCCUGACCGACAAAAUCAACUGGAACGCGCCCGCGCUCAGAGAGGUCUCCACCCCCGCCCGCGACCUGCUGAAGCAGAUGCUGGACCGCAACCCGGCGCGGCGCGUGCGCGCGGGCGAGGCGCUGCGCCACCCCUGGCUGCAGGACGCCGAGUCGACGUCCACCCUGCCGCUGCGCUCCUCGGUGGUGCAGCGCCUGCAGCGCUUUGCCACCUACGGCCACCUCAAGCAGCUGGUGCUGCGCAUCAUCGCAGACGACAUGGCCAACCACCCCACCACGCAGAAGGAGAGCCAGGAGCUGAUUGAGGGGCUGACCGCGCUGUUUGGCGAGCUGGACGUAAACGCCAGCGGCAGCGUGUCCAUGGAUGAGCUGGUGUCGGGGCUGGACCGCCUGGGGUACGACAUACGCGUGGACGAGAUGGAGCACCUGAUGCAGCGCGUGGACGUCAACCACGACGGCGAGAUCCAGCUGACGGAGUUUGUGGCGGGGCUGGUGGACUGGAAGGCGCUGCAGAACGACACGCAGUGGGGCUGCUGGGUGCAGAGCAUGUCGAUGGAUGUGGGUGUGGAGGGCGUGGGGCCUGUGGCGCUGGGUUCGAUGGACCACUCGGGGGAGGGCCCCCCUCACUCUGUGGACCUCGCCUCCGCCGUGGCAGCAACCAUGGAGCAGCGGCGGCGCAACGGCAAGCUGGGGCAGGUCCAGGCGCGCGCGCCCCCGCAGUAG